ACGCACAAUAAAAAACAUUCCACACUUCCUCCAUUCUAUUUCUUUUUAGGCAAGUAACAAGACAAGGGAAAUGUAUCGAUAUAAUUCACGUUUGGCUACACAACUUUGACAGGCUUUGACAUUUGGAUUAGUAAAGAAUUAGUUUAAAAAAUAUAUAUUUUGUACAAAACGUGAACAAAUAAGAUUGCUUUCGAUUGCACAGACUCGUGGCAGUGACAACUAAAAUCCUGCUAACUCUCUGUCCAUAACCUACUGCCUAAUUUUGUUAUCGGAUUUUGUGAAAGUUCUGCUGAUAUUUUUGUUAACAAAAUUGAAAGCAGACACUUAGAAAAUUUAUUUCACAUUUAGCUGCAUAUAUUACGGUAUGUUGCGGCGCGUUACUUCACGAUGCUGACAAUAGUGGCGCUGUUGCUUUGUGAAAAAAGUGCUUCGAUAGCUACGCAUGUGCUAAAAUUGUGCCGAAACGGUUCUUGGCCGUUAUAUCCUGCUUAUCCCCAUUAUACCGGCGUUUAUAAGCUAACUGGUGAAUUAGCGUUACAUGUGAUGUGAUAUCUAAGAUAUUAUUGAGACAAAAUAGGAUUCAUUAUUCAUGCAAGUCAGUCUUCGAUUAACGUAUGUGUUGCCUUAAUUAUGAUCAAAAGUUUUGAGGCUUCUUGGACGAGACUAAGAUAAUCAAUCGAAACAUUCCUUUCUCUUAUCUCCAUGGUAUUAUAUCAAAGCUAUUGAAAAGAACUGAUUGUGAUAAAUGAAAUCCACCGAAUGACAUAAUGGAACACACAAUUCCGUCCGAUAUUCUCGACGAUUUGAGCAGUCGAUUCAUCAUCAAUGUACCUGAGGAGGAGAGGAAAGACUUGGUACGAAUUUGCUUUCAAAUCGAACUGGCGCACUGGUUUUACCUUGACUUCUACUGCACGGAGGAGAAUCCCAAGCUGAAAUCAUGUAACAUGAAAGACUUCGCUACUCAUAUAUUCCAGCAUAUACCAUUCUUGAAACCACACGUGCAGCGCAUUGAUGCUGUGCUUGAGGAGUGGAAAGAGUACAAGCAGAAUGUGCCGACAUUUGGAGCGAUUGUGCUGAAUGAAGAUAUGACCAAGGUGUUGCUGGUGCAGAGUUAUUGGGCAAAAAAUAGUUGGAGCUUUCCAAAGGGCAAAGUAAACGAGGACGAGGAACCCCUGCACUGUGCCAUUCGAGAAGUGUUGGAAGAGACUGGCUUCGACAUAUCUAACCUGAUAGAUAAGAACGAGUACAUCGAAUCUGUAAUAAAUGACCAAAUAGUGAGAUUGUACAUUAUCUCGGGCGUGCAGAAGGACACGAAGUUCCAGCCGAAGACGCGGAAGGAGAUAAAGAAUGUCGAGUGGUUUGCCGUGGCGGAUUUGCCCAACACCAAGAAAGACAUGACCCCCAAAUUGAAAAUUGGCGUUGGGCCGAAUGCGUUUUUCAUGGUGGUGCCAUUUGUCAAACGGAUGAAGCGAUGGAUUCAGGAGAAACAGCAACGUGAGAGAAACAUCGUUACUGUCCGACGACAGAGGCAUAAAUCCUUGGGUGACGUCGAGUCGGUCUCGAAAAACAAACGACAAGCACUUUUCCAUCAUUUUUCCACUUGCCCGCCUCAAACCGAAGUCCCGGAUUUUAAGAUCAACCGUCAGUCGAACGUUUCUCCGGCUCGCAGUCGUCGCGGUGCACACGACAAUAAGAAAGACAGUGCGUCGAAAGUGGCAUUUAAACGAAAUCUAUUCGGAGAACAGACGGAGGAGGAGCAAGCGGGGUUUCCGGUUCUUGCUAAACAGCUGGUGGCUAGUCCCCAACCAUCGUUUCUAAUCGAUCCUGCGAUCCAAUCGAUUAAGUGCAAUGACUUCAACUACAAAGUGCAAUCCCCGGAGAAGGAAACGAAAGACUCGCGCAAGGAAAGCUUACCAGAGGGAAAUAUCAAGUCGUUGCUGUUCGGCGAAGCCGCGCGCAAAAUGCAACAAGAUAUGAAGACUAUUCCACCGCCCUCGUUCGUAAGUCUGGCACACGACGGCUCGCCACUUUUAACGAAGACUGCCAUGGACAAUCUAGAAUAUCUUAUUUUCGAAUUUCGCUCAAAAGCUUGGGACAAUUUCAAACUCGACAAACAAGCGAUACUCGUGAAUCUCGACUCGUUAUAUGCAGCAACUCGGAAAAGUGGAUUAAUGACGUAAUGAGAAACGAAAGUAUCGAUAUAUAUAUAUACUGAGCAGGAAUCAUAAAUUCUCAGUUUUUAUCUUCGCUCAUUGAAAUGAGCUGUACUGCAUAUUUGAAAUGUGUCAUUAUAUUGCCAUGGAUAAAAAAAGGUGCAAAAAAAGGAAAAAAAAAGAAAA